GGGGGGUCAUCCUUGGGUGGAGGACAUCUAUGGGUGGGGUCAUCCUUGGGUGUAGGAUACGUGUAGAUGGGGGCAUCCUUGGGUGGAGGACACGUGUGGAUGGGGGGGCGUCCUUGGGUGGAGGACCAUCUCGGGCAACGAGCCUCCGCAAGGCCAGCAGUGCCCCGCGGCGGGGUCCGUGCCUUGGCGCCGAGACCCCCCCCCGCCCAGCCAGGGUGCUGACGCCCACGGGGCGCCCGGCAGGCGCCAACCCCUGCGAGCACUUUGGGCGCUGCGUGAACACGCAGGGCUCCUUCGAGUGCCGCUGCGCGGGCUACGCGGGGCCCCGUUGCGAGACCGACGUCAACGAGUGCCUGUCGGGGCCGUGCCGCAACGAGGCCACCUGCCUCGACCGCAUCGGUGACUUCACCUGCAUCUGCAUGGCCGGGUUCAGCGGCACCUUCUGCGAGCUCGACGUGGACGAGUGCCAGAGCAGCCCCUGCGUCAAUGGUGGCCUCUGCCGUGACGGCGUCAACGGCUUCAGCUGCUCCUGCCCUGCCGGCUUCGCGGGCCCCAUGUGCCAGCUGGACAUCGACGAGUGCGCCAGCACCCCGUGCCGCAACGGCGCCAAGUGCCUGGACCGGCCCAACGGCUACGAGUGCCGCUGCGCCGAGGGUUUCGAGGGGGCGCUGUGCGAGCGCAACGUGGACGACUGCUCGCCGGACCCGUGCCACCACGGCACGUGCGUGGAUGCCAUCGCCGGCUUCACCUGUACCUGCGCCCCCGGCUACACGGGCUACCGCUGCGAGGUGCAGCUCGACGAGUGCCACAGCAACCCGUGCCGCAACGGCGCCAAGUGCAUCGACCGCAUCGACCACUACCAGUGCAACUGCCUGCCCGGCACCUCGGGUGUGAACUGCGAGGUGAACUUUGACGACUGUGCCAGCGACCCGUGCGACUACGGCGUGUGCCAGGACGGCAUCAACCGCUACGACUGUAUCUGCAAGCCUGGCUUCACAGGCCCCCAGUGCAACGUGGACAUCGACGAGUGCGCCUCGCAGCCCUGCCGCAACGGCGGCACCUGCGUCGACGGCGAGAACGGCUUCAGCUGCCUGUGCCCGCCGGGCACCCGCGCCCCGCUGUGCCACCCGGGCGCCGAGCCCUGCCGCAGCAGUCCCUGCGCCCACGGCGCCUGCCGCGACCUGCCCGACGGGUUCGCCUGCGACUGCGAGCCGGGCUGGGCCGGCCCCACCUGCGCCCGCAGCACCCAUGGGUGCGAGUCGCAGCCCUGCCAGCAUGGCGGCACCUGCAGCCCCCACGCCGGUGGCUACCGCUGCGUCUGCAAGGAGGGGUACCAGGGCACCCACUGCCAGACGGACGUCGGCAAAUGCGCGUCGAGCCCCUGCCUGAACGGGGGCACCUGCGUGGACGGGGCGGGCACCUACCGCUGCCUCUGCUCCCUGCCCUUCGCAGGCCGUAACUGCGAGCGGGUGCUGGCACCCUGCACCCCCAACCCCUGCGCCAACGGGGGCGUCUGCGUCCCCACCGCCGACUACGAGGGCUUCAGCUGCCGUUGCCCCCCCGGCUGGCAAGGCGGGCGCUGCCAGGAGGACGUGGACGAGUGCGCGGGGGGCCCCUGCCGCAACGGCGGCUCCUGCAGCAACCGGCCCGGCGCCUUCGCCUGCCUCUGCCCCCGCGGCUACGGCGGCGCCGCCUGCCAGCGCCGCCUCCAGCCCUGCCACCCCGACCCGUGCCUCAACGGGGGCACGUGCCGGGACGAGGCGGACACCUUUGGGUGCUCGUGCCCCGCCGGCUUCGCGGGGCCCCGCUGCGGCACGGACGUGGACGAGUGCCGGGAUCGGCCCUGCCGCAACGGCGGCACCUGCACCGACUACGUCAACAGCUUCGCCUGCGCCUGUGCCCCGGGCUGGACCGGCCGCCUGUGCCAGCACAACGUGCCCGACUGUACCGACAGCUCCUGCUUCAACGGGGGCACCUGCGUGGACGGCGUCGCCUCCUUCACCUGCCGCUGCCGCCCUGGCUUCACCGGCGCCCACUGCCAGCACCCGCCUGACGGGUGCCAGGGCCAGCCCUGCCUGCACGGCGGCACCUGCCUGCCCGCCGCCGCCCCCGGCGCCUACCGCUGCCGCUGCGCCCGCGGCUACACCGGCGCCCAGUGCCAGCUCCCGGUGGACCUGUGCCAGCCGUCGCCCUGCCGCAACGGCGGCCGCUGCGUCCAGACGGGCCCCGAGGUGGCCUGCGAGUGUCCCGGCGGCUGGUCGGGCCACUACUGCGAUGUCCCCAGCGUGUCCUGCGCCGUGGCGGCCGCCCGCAGGGGUGUCGCCCCGGAGCAGCUGUGCCACGCGCGGGGCCGCUGCGUGGACGUGGGCAGCACCCACCAGUGCCUGUGCCACGAGGGCUACGCGGGCGCCUACUGCGAGAGCACCCUGGACCGCUGCCAGCCCGACCCCUGCCAGCACGGCGCCACGUGCCGCAGCUACGUGGGCGGCUACCACUGCGAGUGUCCCCCGGGCUUCGAGGGGGAGCAGUGCCAGCGCGAGGUGGACGAGUGCCAGUCGCAGCCGUGCCAGAACGGCGGCUCCUGCGUCGACCUCGUGGGCCGCUACGUCUGCUCCUGCCCCCCGGGCACCUUGGGCGUCCUGUGCGAGAUCAACGAGGACGACUGCGCCCCGGGGCCGGGCAACCGGGCACCCAAGUGCCUCAACAACGGCACCUGCGUGGACCAGGUCGGCGGGUACCGCUGCGCCUGUCCCCCCGGCUACACCGGGCACCGCUGCGAGGGUGACGUCAACGAGUGCCGUAGCCAACCCUGCCACCCCCGGCACAGCCGGGCCUGCGUGCAGGGCGCCAACGACUACCGCUGCCUGUGCCAGCCCGGCUUCACCGGGCGCCGCUGCGAGAGCCCGGCGGACGCGUGCGAGUCGCAGCCGUGCCAGAACAGCGGGCAGUGCCAGCCGGCCCCCAGCACGCCGCUCGGCUACGUCUGCCGCUGCCCGCCGGGCUUCGCGGGCGCCCGCUGCGAGCGCGGGGCCGCCUCGUGCCGCCAGCUCUCCUGCGCCAACGGGGGCAGCUGCCGAACCACGCCGCUGGGCGCCCGCUGCGUCUGCCCGCCGGGUUUCGGCGGCGCCGAGUGCCGAGCGGGCGCCAACGGCACGUGCGGCUGCCUCAACGGGGGCAGCUGCGGGCCGGGAGGCGCCGGUUGCCUCUGCCCGCCGCGUUUCGAAGGUGCCCGCUGCGAACGGCGCGCUCCGCCGCCCGGCCCCGUUCCUUGCCCCGUUCCCGAAUGUUUAGGUCGAGGAGGCGACGGGCGUUGCGACCGACCGUGCAACAGCGCGCCGUGCCGUUGGGACGGCGGCGACUGUUCGCUCCUGGUGGACGACCCCUGGCAACACUGCGCGGCCGCCGGGUGCCCGCUGCUCUUCAACAACAGCCGCUGCGACCCGGCCUGCAACACGGCGCCCUGCCUCUACGACAACUUCGACUGCCGGGCCCGCGACCGCUCCUGCAACCCCGUCUACGAGCAGUACUGCUCCGACCACUUCGCCGACGGCCGCUGCGACCAGGGCUGCAACAACGAGGAGUGCGGCUGGGACGGGCUCGACUGCGCCCGCGAGGUGCCCGAGGCGCUGGCCCGCGGCGUCCUGGUGGUCACCGUGCUGCUGCCCCCCGAGGAGCUGCGGCGCACCAGCACCGCCUUCCUGCAGCGGCUCAGCGCCAUCCUGCGCACCUCGCUGCGCUUCCGCCUCGACCGCCACGGCCGCUACAUGAUCGAACCCUACUACCGGCCCCAGCGCCUGCGCCGGCGCGAGGUGGCCCCCGAGGUCAUCGGCUCCGUGGUGACGCUGGAGAUCGACAACCGCCUCUGCUCGCAGGCCUCCGACAAGUGCUUCCCCGACACCCGCAGCGCCGCCGACUACCUGGCCGCGCUCUCGGCUGUUGAGCGCCUCGAUUUCCCCUACCCCAUCAAGGCCGUGCGCGGUGACAAGCUGCCCGAAGCCCCCGACCCCGUGCGCCUGCUGCCGCUGGUGGUGGUGGGCGGCGUGAUCCUGCUGGCCAUCGCGGUGCUGGGCGUGCUGGUGGCGCGGCGCAAGCGGGAGCACAGCACCCUCUGGUUCCCCGAGGGCUUCAGCCUCACCAAGGAGAGCAACAAGGACCGGCGCGAGCCCGUGGGGCAGGACGCCCUGGGCAUGAAGAACAUCGGGAAGGGUGAGAGCCUCAUGGGUGAGCCCUCGGAGGAGUGGCUGGACAGCGAGUGCCCCGAGGCCAAGAGGAUCAAGGUGGAGGAGCCAGGUGCCGAGCCCGAGGACCCCGUAGACUGCCGUCAGUGGACCCAGCACCACCUGGUGGCGGCCGACAUCCGCAUGCCACCCGCCAUGGCCCUCACGCCGCCCCAGGGCGAGUUCGACUCUGACUGCAUGGACGUCAACGUCCGUGGGCCAGAUGGCUUCACGCCGCUCAUGCUGGCCUCCUUCUGCGGCGGCGGCCUGGAGGCCGAGGUGGCCGAGGACGAGGAGGGCGACGACGCCUCGGCUGGCAUCAUCGGCGACCUCAUCUGCCAGGGCGCCAGCCUGGGCGCCCAGACGGACCGCACGGGCGAGACCGCCCUGCACCUGGCCGCCCGCUACGCCCGCGCCGACGCCGCCAAGCGCCUGCUGGACGCCGGCGCCGACACCAACGCCCAGGACAACACCGGGCGCACGCCGCUGCACGCUGCCGUCACCGCCGACGCGCAGGGCGUCUUCCAGAUCCUCAUCCGCAACCGCUCCACGGACCUGGACGCCCGCAUGAGUGACGGCUCCACGGCGCUCAUCCUGGCCGCCCGGCUGGCCGUGGAGGGCAUGGUGGAGGAGCUCAUCGCCUGCCACGCCGACGUCAACGCCGUCGACGAGAGCGGCAAGUCGGCGCUGCACUGGGCCGCGGCCGUGAACAACAUGGAGGCGACGCUGGCGCUGCUCAAGAACGGGGCCAACAAGGACAUGCAGGACAGCAAGGAGGAGACCCCGCUGUUCCUGGCCGCCCGCGAGGGCAGCUACGAGACGGCCAAGAUCCUGCUGGACCAUUUCGCCAACCGGGAGAUCACGGAUCACCUGGACCGGCUGCCGCGGGACAUCGGCCACGAGCGGAUGCACCACGACAUCGUGCGUCUCCUGGACGAGUACAACACGGUGCGCAGCCCCCCGGGUCCCCUGCCCGGACCCCACAGCCUCUCGCCCCUCCUCUGCCCCCCGGCCACCUUCCUACCCGGCCUCAAAGGUGCCACCGGAGCCAAGAAGACCCGACGUCCCAACGCCAAGGGGACGCCGGGUGCCGGGGCACCCAAGGAGCCCAAAGGGCGCAGCAAGAAACCGGGCGCCGAAUGUCCGGGCUUGGAGAGCUCGGUGACGCUGUCACCCGUCGACUCGCUGGACUCGCCCUACGUGCCCGGCGCCGUUUCGCCGCCCGGUUUGGCGUCGCCCGGUUCCGUCUUUCACCCGGAGGCGUCCUUCGCCCUGGGGCGUUUGGGCGAGGGGUCGGCGGGCGGCGCGACGGCGUUGGGCGCCGGCCGGGCGCCGGGGCGCCCGCCGCCGUGCGCGGGGCUCGGCGCGGUGGGGCAGGUGGCGGCGGUGCCUUUCGAGUGGCCCGUGCGGGUGCCGUGCAACCCACUGCUCGGCGUGUUGCACCCCAAUUUGCACCCGGUGGUGGCCGCUUACGGCCCAGGGGUGCUGCUGGCCGCUGGCAAGGAACCGCGAGAGCAAGCGUCGCCCCGCUCGGGCUCGCGGUAUUUCGGCGCCGGGGAGGACUACGGGCCCGGGCGUUACCUUCGGGUGCCCAGCGAGCACCCUUACCUGACGCCCUCGCCCGAGGAGUCGCCCGAGCCCUGGGCCAGCCCCUCGCCCCGCUCCCUCUCCGACUGGUCCGAGGCCACCGGUAGCCCCGCCGUGCUGGCGCCCCCGGCCCAGAGCCAGCUGGGCCCCCCCCGUCCCCGUCCCCCCCCCCGCCGCCGCCGCCGCCGCUGCCGCCGCCCGAGCAGCCCCCCAAAAUGCAGGCUUUCGCCUGAGCACCCUCGGGUGCCCCUAAGGUGCCACCCUCCCCCCCCCCCCAAAAAAAAAAAGAAGAAAAAAACACUUUUUUUUAAUAAAAUUAACCCCCCCAACGUAGCCGCCCUCCCCCCUCAAGGGGGAGGGGAGGUUGGGGGAGGGUCCGGCUGGACCCCCCCCCCCUUUUUGCAGCGUCCCCCCCCACACACACUUCUUUAAAAGAAAGGUCCUUUUUGGGGGAAAAAAAGGGCAUUUUUUGCAAGCUGAGGGUGGGUUUUUUAAUUUUUUUUUUUUUUUUUUUGCUAAGUGUAGCGGGCAGCUGUGGGGGGGCACCCAGUGUCCCCCCCCUCAAUUUCUUCCCCCUCCUUCCUUGCUCCCCCCUAAAUUUAGGGGGCCUGGGACCCCCACCCACCCAUAUUUGUGUACUGGGUACGCAGUGGGUUUAGGGCCCCCCCCCCCCCCCGCCGGCCAUCUCCAGGCCUGGGGACUCCCCCCCACGCCCAAUUUUGGGGACCACCCGCGCUCCCCAUUUUGGGGGACACCCCCCCCUUCCCAUAGCAUCCUUGUCCCAGGUGCCCCCCACCACACCCCACUCCAAGGACCCCUCUUUUGGGGAUCCUCACCCCAUUUUGGGUUGCCCCCCCCCAUCUCCCAGGAAACCCCCCACCAGGGUCCUGGGAUUCCCCCCCCCCCCAAUCUGGGACCACCUCUUGUCCUGGGAACCACCCACCCCACCCCACCCAGGCCCCCCACCCUGACCCCCACCUCCGUCCUGGGACCCCCCCCCCCCAGGACCCCCCACCCCUGUCCUGGGACCCCCCCCGGGACCCCCUCCGACCCCCACAUCU